UUCUCGAUUUCUAGUACACUCUCUCACAAGUCACAACAAGUAUCCUCCUAGCUUUCCCUUUGGGUGUUGAGGGUGAAGUUCUUUUCGUUCCCUGCAGCUCUUGUAGUUGAGCAAGCUAUUCCAGUUCCACAACCAAAACAACAACCUUUCCCUUUUUCAAUUAUCGAAUAUUGAAAAAAACAAAGAAAAGAACAGAGACACAAACACUCAUAUAUAAGACCUUCCAUCGUCGUAUCGUGUCAAUCUGAAACAAAAUCCUAGAUUGUCGACGAUGAUGCUCAGAAUUCGAAGCCGCGAUGGGCUGGAGCGAGUGAAGGUAGAAAAGCCACAGGGCGCAACUGUAUCUGAACUAAAAAGCUUAAUCGAAACCCAAUUGGGAAUCCCCACUCAUAACCAAACCCUCUCCACAAACCAAAACCUUCUACUUGCUAAAUCCCUUGAAGAUCUCCUUCGAUUCACCGAUAUGUCUAACCCUGAUACUCCUCUCUCCGCACUCAACCUCUCUCAUGGCUCCAUCGUGUUCUUAGCCUACGAAGGCGAGCGCAGGGUGGCCGGACCCGCCUUCAACCCCGCCGGAUCCUUCGGCCGCAAGAUGACGAUGGAUGAUCUCAUCGCCAAGCAGAUGCGUGUCACUCGCCAAGAGAAUCCGCAUUGCGAGCUUGUCUCCUUCGACCGCGACUGCGCCAACGCGUUUCAGAAUUACGUCAAUGAAACGCUGGCGUUUGCGGUGAAGCGUGGUGGGUUCAUGUACGGCACCGUUUCGGAGGUGGGGAAGGUUGAGGUGGACUUCAUAUACGAGCCGCCCCAGCAGGGUUCGGAGGAAAAUUUGGUGUUUUUCAGAGACCCGGAGGAAGAAAAAUUGGUGGAAGCUAUUGCGAUGGGUUUGGGUAUGAGGAAAGUUGGGUUCAUAUUCACACAGACCAUAAGCCAGGAUAAAAAGGACUAUACUUUGUCCAAUAGGGAGGUUCUUCAGGCUGCGGAGUAUCACGCUGAGAGUGGGUUGAAGGAGUGGGUUACUGCUGUUGUGAAGCUUGAGGUGAAUGAGGAUAUGGGUGCUGAUGUCCAUUUUGAAGCGUUUCAAAUGAGUGAUGUAUGUGUUAGGCUGUUCAAGGAAGGCUGGUUUGAGACCGAUAUUGGGGAGGAGGAUGAUCCCAAAUUGUCUAAAAUGAAGAAAGAUGUGGUUGUUGGAGUUAAGGAUACAAGAGAGGUUGAUAAUGAUUUCUUCUUGGUCGUAGUCAAAAUCUUUGAUCAUCAGGGUCCUCUCUCGUCAACAUUUCCCGUUGAGAACCGGAAUACUCAGUUGACUGUGAAGGCACUUAAGAAUCAUCUUGAGCGGACAAAAAAUCAUCCAUUUGUGAAGCGAAUUUCUGAUUUUCAUCUUCUCCUCGUAUUAGCAAGGGUUUUAGACCUGAGUGCUGAUGUUCCUGCAUUGACGGAAUGUGUGCAGACACAGACUUCUGUACCAGAAGGUUACCAGAUCCUUAUUGAAUCCAUGGCCAGCGCUGCUUGAUGCUGUAUGCAGGUUUUCUGGGCUCAUUUAGGAUGGUGACUAAUGAAUUAUGCGAUCUAUGUUCAGGUCCUUUACUGAAUGGAUGUAUGUUAGUAACUCAUACAUUGCUUUUUAUAGCAUUGUGCAGAAAUCCUGGAUCUGUCUUUUUAUUUAAAAUGAGCUUAUCUUGUGAUUCACGUGUCUUAAUGUUAAAAUUAAUUGGAGAUAGUCCUUACGAGUAU